AUGAAGUCUGGUAUUGCAACCGGAAGUGUGUACAAUGACGUCACACUGAAGCAGCAUGGCUUCCCCGGGGAGGGGGUGAGAGACGGCCGGGUGGUGAUGGUGAAGACCCACGAGUGGGGGAGUGAACAUCGCCGGGCGUUCUCCCGUGCCGUGCUCCUCAUCCAGGACCCCUUCGACUCCCUCCUGGCGGAGUUCAACCGGCGUAAUGGGGGUCACAGAGGUCAUGCCCUUCCACAUGACUUUGCCAAAGGCUCGCUAACGUACGUCUCUCUCCAGUCACGUGGGUGGGUGGACAUGAACACUGAUUGGCUGAAAUUCGAUGGGCCACUCCUCAUUAUGCAGUACCGAGACCUCCAGAAGGCUGUUCAACUUCCUGGACAUGCACGUCAGUGA